UGACUAUAGAUAAAUUUUACCCUUUCGUGGAGUAAGCAAACGUACAAUUAUAUUUUCAUCAUGGAUAUCGUUGAAGUUAAAGAUGUGCAGGAGGAGUUUUAUCAAUUUAUGGCCAACAUGACCUGCUUGUCCGUGAUGAAUCUCGACUAUCCCGGUCGCUGUUUAAUGGUACGAAAACUUAAGGAUUGCGAUAGAUAUACAAAUAUUAUCAAUUAUUUCGAGUUGAUGUAUUGUGUUCUCAAAGUUAGCAACCUGUAUGUGGAGAUAGCCGUGAUCUGCUUUUUUAUUUUGAUCUACAUUCUAAUGUUCUGUAUCGUUUUUGUGUGCAUCAACGAAUACUAUUUGCCAGCACUGAAAAUCGCAGCCAUAAGGUUUAGGAUGAACGAGUACUUGGCCGGUGUAAUUCUGGUGGGCGUGGCCAACUCCACUCCCGAUUUUAUGCUCAAUUUAUCAGCGGUACGGAGUGGAUCUCCCACCAUGAAUAUAGCUAUGGCAAAUGCCCUGACAUCUAUAUGUGUGAUGGGUGGAACAAUCUGCGUUAUAAUGCCAUUCAAAAUAAAUGGUGCCUGCGUUUUUCGCGAUUUGGUUUUUAUAAUACUCAUUGUACAGCUGAUCCGUGUCUUAAUGGAGUCAACUACACUACCGGAUUGGGUAAAGGGUUUAAUUGUAUUUCUUAUAUACCCCAUAUACCUGGCUGUAAAUAUAAUUGAUUUAGUGCUUAUGCGUUACAAUAUAAGAAAACUCCGACGCGAAAUAAACCUUCUGAGAUACGAGCCGAGCUCCCCGCACGUGGAAAAAAAGCUGUAUAACAAGGUCCUUGCAUUAACCGAUCUUGAGGUGGACGGUGACUUCCAGAUACUGCGUUUGAAAACUCACUAUGGUAUUUUCCGCGGCGGUGUCUAUGUCACACCAAAGCCAAUGGUUGAACCAAAGAAGGUGGAUGUGGAGAGCAACAGAACGGUCUUGCACAGCGAAAAUAACCCAAAGAACCGUUUUCUCUUUGCCGAGUUUUUCCUGGUCCUGAAUCCUAUUGAUCCAGAGCAAUGGUUGUUGAGUGGCAAACUUGGGCGGCUUAAAAUGAUAUGCAUGGCACCAGUGUUGUUUGCACUUCGACUGACGAUCCCAAUGGUAAACUAUACGCUGAUUAAGCAUGGCUGGAGCAAGUUACUCAAUUGCCUGCAGAUCGUUAUAAAUCCAUGUAUAGUCUUUCUGCUUUUGGAAAGUGUGUUCAAUACCUCUCAUCUUCACGGUUGGGUGAUUCAUUUUUCUUAUGAUUUAGCCUUGUGGUCCCUUCUGGUAACAGUGCCGCUGUCACUUCUUAUCUUUAUGAUCACUCGCACUGACAUUCCGCCGCACUACCAUAAAUUAUUUGUCUUUCCCAUCGUUAUCACCGUGGUCACUUUUGUCUGGAUUUGUUCCUGGGAAAUGGAGGUGAUCGUCACAAUCAUUUGCAGCGUGUUAAAUCAAUCCGGCAACUACAUGACAGUCACCUUCACUUCGUUCUCUCGUGCAGUGCCGGAUAUGAUCGCCUAUAUCCAUCUCACCAUGCAUGGGUACGGAAAGAUGGCCUUCGGCGGCAUCAUUGGUGGCAUAGUGUUUGAUAUGGUAAGCAACGUUGGGGCACACUUUGCAAAAAAUAAAGCAGAGCAUUCGCACAUGCUCGGAGACUAUGGCGAGACCCUCUACAUAUUCUUGAUGUUGACAAUAUGCUCCACGAUAUUCUGGAGCUUCGUCUUAGACUUUAACGUCCGACGAUCUGGUGGUAUCUUUUUGUGGUGUUUGUACGGAAUGUUCUUCAUUUACGUAACUCUCAUGGAGAUCGAAGUGAUCCACGACUUUACCGCUGAUCCGGUUAUCGAAGUGAUCGACUAAGGCACGAUCCCGACUUCACAUACCCUUUUUGGGUCAAUAAAAUUUUGCACGCUGUUGUAUUACUUA